CGAAAACUGAACGCAAGCUACCAUCUCCGGCCCUCUUCGAAUCCAGCCAUUCCUCCCUCCGCUCGUCUCUCAUCAAUUGAACACCACCGCCACCCAAACCCUCUACGAUAUGUUCUCGAGACAGGCUGUUCGUUCCCUCCGCGCGGCGGCUCCCGCGUCGCGCCUCGUCGCCUCCGCCCGCGUCCCGGCCGUCCGUACCUACGCCGCCGCUGCUUCCUCGGCCGCUUCCGACAACGUCAAGCCCCCCGUCGCCGUUUUUGGCCUUGACGGCACCUAUGCCACCGCUCUGUACACCGCGGCGACCAAAUCCUCCUCGCUCGACCCCACGGCCAAGGCUCUCUCGACCCUCGAGGCCAUCUUCGCCAAGGACCCCAAGCUGGUCACCGUCCUGGCCGCGCCCACUCUGACCCCCGAGGACAAGGACGCCAUCGUCGCCGAGCUCACCAAGCAGGCCGGCGCCACUUCCCAGGAGACUGUCAAGAACUUCCUUGCCGCUCUCGCCGAGAACAACCGCCUCGGUCUCCUCCCCGGUAUCACGCAGAAGUUCGCCGAGAUCAUGAGCGCCGCCCGCGGCGAGGUCGAGCUCGUCGUCACCAGCGCCACGCAACUCGACAACAAGACCCUUAACCGCCUCGAGAGUGCCAUCUCCAAGUCCGCCUACGCCGGCGCUGGCAAGAAGCUCAAGGUCACCAACCAGGUCAACCCCGACAUCAUUGGAGGUCUCAUCGUCGAGAUCGGCGACCGGACCAUCGACCUCAGCGUCUCCGCCAAGAUCGCCAAGCUCAACAAGCUCCUUACCGACACUUUGUAAAACAACCUAUUCUGCCGACACAAACUAGCCAUGAAAGAAACCGACUAGCUGAAUUCUAAUCACCCCACCAAACCUCCCCUUUUUCU